AUGAAGCAACUGUUCUGUUUGAUUUUACUUUUUGCAUCAGCUUUAGCGAGUUUCGAAGCGGAACAAUGGGUCAGAUACACCCAUCGCCAUAUGCCCGGUGCAUACCAUAGCCUGGGUCUUCCCGUACGGCCACCCAACCUAGGCCGGGUCGUUGGAGGAGUCGAUGCAAACAUUGCCGACUAUCCGUACCAGCUGUCGUUGCGCCGUUUCAACGAUCACUUUUGUGGUGCAUCCGUUAUUGCAGCUCGCUGGGCACUGUCCGCUGCGCACUGCACAUUCCCACUGCCGGUACCAAGCUCGGUGCAACUUCUAGGCGGAACUGCCGACCGUACGGCUGGUGGCGUCAUGUUCGACGUGGAAGAAAUCAUCAACCAUCCCAACUAUGACGAUUGGACGGUGGAGUUCGACGUGUGUGUGCUGCGUACGGUGGUUGACUUGAGUGGAGCCAACAUUGUGCCUGUUGCCUUGGAUCCGUCCGGAACGACACAUGCGCCUGGAUCUCGAGCUGUUGUCAGUGGAUGGGGUGCAUCCGGAGCCGGAACUUUACCGAUCAUUCUACAACGCGUCGAUAUUCCGGUUGUUUCCGAUGCGGAAUGCGCUUUGGCUUGGCCAGAAGGAUGGGUCACUCCGGACAUGCUUUGCGCCAGCGAACCUGGACGGGACGCGUGUAACGCUGACAGCGGUGGCCCACUGGUUGUGGGUGGAUCUCAAAUCGGGAUUGUUUCGUGGGGAGAUCCAGCCUGUGUUGGAUCGCCACCAGGUGUGUACGCGCGGGUUGCAUUCCCCACCAUUCGUAGCUUCAUUUUGGACACUACUGGAGCAUAA